UCUGGCAUUCGAAUGUGUCUACUUUAUGAUGUUAGGUGACUCUAGCGAAACGUUGUGUUUUUUAAAGACGAAACCAAAAAUAACCCUCUAAAAAAUCACGAUUUUUUUUGUUAUAUUCGUAAAUAAAACUAUAAUUUCCUAUAUGUAGCUUGCGUGUGUGGGACGUCAUCAGUCAGCCUUUUUGUCUCAUCAUUGCAAAGUUUAUUAAUAUUCGUUUUCUUGUUCACUUUUCUUACCGUGUAUUUACUUAACAAUUGUAAGAAUGAUACAACUAUAAUAUAAGCUGUUCUAGUUUUGAAUUUUAUUUACUGCGUUUAUCGUGAUGUGUUAGUUAGUUCUUUUUUUGUUGUUUUUCUUUGGGGUAUAUCGGUCACUGUGGGAAUAUUAAUUAUGUACUUCUGUACCUAGCUGUUGAUGUUUCUUUUUAUUGUGCAAUAGCAUAACGUUGACGAUGGGUCAAAAUUAUAGUAAACAAAGUAACAAUGGUAAAAGUGACGUAAAUUUCAAGGAACAACCGUUUGGAAUGUCUCUUAUUCCGGUGGAGUGUAUAAUUUUUGUUCUAUCCAAGGUUCCAGUUUCUGAUAUUAAAAAUUGUCGCUUGGUUUGUAGGAUAUGGCAACAGUUGAUUGAUGGACAUUCCGUUUGGAAGGAGAAAUGCUUGCAUGAGAACAUAUUUUUUCCUUCUCGUGAAGUACUAAAUAUAAACGAAUAUCCAACGAACUUCUUCAGAAGCAUAUAUUUAAAAAAACCAUUUAACAGAAACUUACUGAAGAACUCUACUGGAGAAGAAAAUUUAAGCCAGUGGACAGUAAUAGAGAAUGGAGGUGAUAAGUGGCUGGUAGAAAAAGAAGCUGUAGGAGUUGAUCCAUUUCCAGAAGAUGGUAUAAAAACAUGUUUUUCAACUUCCUAUAUGAAUUGUUCGAAAUCCCAGUUGAUUGAUCUCUCUCGGGAAGGUGUACCUCAAGAGGUGAUGGACAAUGCUCGACCCAAAAUCGAAGUAUCUGAGUGGUAUGCAGCAAGGUUUGACUGUGGAAGUACAUAUGAAUUGACGGUGAGGUUGCUAGAUAAAAACUACGAACCACAAGAUGAGUUUCAUUAUGGACCUCAGGAAGUGGCACAGUGGCAAGGUCGUCAGUGGAUUCAGACAAAACACUUGUUUGAACACUAUCCACCAGGUGUGAGAUAUAUUCAAUUUAGACACAGUGGUAAAGACACACAAUUUUGGGCUGGACAUUAUGGAAGUAAAAUGUGUGGAGCCAAAGUUACUUUUGUGUUUAACAAAUGAAGUUAAUGUAACACUUAUUAAUGAACAAGGACUUAGCUGGUACUAUAGCUAAAACUAACCACUCUUAUAAGUUGAUUUAGAGAAAAAACAGCCCAUUUAAAUGUGAAAUAUGCUUGCUUCAGAUGUGAUUAUCUAAAAAUUAGAAAUUCCAUGUUUGUAUUUAUUUACUCCUUUGUUGGUUGCUUGUUUUUAUUGGUGAAGCACUUGAAAUAUUGCAAAUAAAAAAUAUAAUUAUCAGUC